AUGGGGCAAGGCAAUGAUACAGAAAUUUCAGAGUUUCUUCUUCUGGGAUUGUCAGAGGAACCAGAACUGCAGCCCCUCCUAUUUGGGCUCUUCCUCUCCAUGUACCUGAUCACUAUCUUUGGAAACCUGCUCAUCAUCCUGGCUGUCAGCUGUGACCCCCACCUCCACACCCCCAUGUACUUCUUCCUCACCAACCUGUCCUUUGUAGACAUCUGUUUCACCUCCACCACUGUCCCCAAGAUGCUUCAGAAUAUCCAGACUCAGAGCAAAGUCAUCACCUAUGCAGGUUGUGUCACACAGAUUUAUUUUUUUAUACUCUUUGCUGUCUCAGACUUCUUUGUCCUCAGUGUGAUGGCCUAUGACCGGUUUGUGGCCAUCUGUUAUCCCCUGCACUACACAGUCAUCAUGAACUCCCGACUUUGUGGACUUCUGGUUCUGGUGUCUUGGAUCAUGUGUAUCCUGAACUCCUUGUUACAGAGUUUAAUGAUGUUGCGGCUUUCCUUCUGUACACACUUCCAAAUCCCCCACUUUUUUUGUGAACUCAAUCAGAUGAUCCAACUAGCCUGUUCUGACACCUUUCUUAAUAACAUGGUGAUGUAUUUUGCAGCUGUCUUACUGGGUGGGGGUCCUUUUGCUGGGAUCCUUUACUCUUAUUCUAAGAUUGUUUCCACCAUAUGUGGAAUAUCAUCAGCCCUGGGCAAGUAUAAAGCAUUUUCCACCUGUGCAUCUCACCUCUCAGUUGUCUCCUUAUUUUAUUGUACAAUCCUAGGUGUGUACCUUAGCUCUGCUGCUCCUCAGAGCUCUCACUCAAGUGCAGUGGCCUCGGUGAUGUACACAGUGGUCACACCCAUGUUGAACCCCUUCAUCUAUAGCCUGAGGAACAGAGACAUAAAGAAGGCUUUAAGAGCAUUCUUAGUAAAGGAGACACUACAUGGCCAAUUGUCAUAG